UCAGUGUUUGCUCAGGUGCAGAGCUCCAGGUGCAGGCUAGAGGCCAGAAGCCCGCGCGUUUCUCCAAGUGACGCUGCUGGCGGCUGUCGCUAUCCUGACUUUGAAAAGAAGUACAACAUCAUGGCAACCAGAAACAGUGAUGAUCCAUGCAGAUCAUCUUCAUCACACAAAAGGAAAGUCAUUGAGGUUGAUACAGAGCAGGGCAAGGUGAAUGAAGCAGAGAAUCUCUUUCAGAAUACUGUAUAUUACGAAAAUCAGAGUGAGAUGGAAGAGAAUAUAGAAAAUGGAAUGAUUGUGCCUGAUUUGCCAGUAACGACAAACCAGACAAGUCCCAGCUCCAUUAUGGAAAUAGGACGUCAGCUGGCAAUCGUUGGAGAUGAACUUAAUCAUCAAAAGAACAGGGAAUUUCAAGAUGUGCAGGCAUACCUUUCUCUCCCAUCUGAAUUUGGAUAUCAGUCCUUUCGUAGAAGUGCUGAAAGAUUAUAUGACAAUGGAAUCAACUGGAGCCAAACAAUUGGUCUGCUGAGCCUUGGCUACAAAAUGAUGACUUAUGUCUAUCAGAGAGCAGUUACGGGGUGUUUUGGCAAAGCUACAAAAUCUGUUGCAAAGUUUAUUGCAAAGAACCAAAUUGCCCAAUGGAUUGUUGAACAUGCAGCCUGGACCACUGCCUUGUCCAUCGAGAAUGCCAACCUGAAGUGGCUGUUUGGAAUUCUACUGGCUGUCAUGCUGAGCGUGGCGAUUACUCAAAGAUUUAUAAACCAUGAAUAGUUCCAUGUGCUGUGCUGGAUCGUCCAAGCUGGUCUUAGACCAAGCAGCAUAUCUGCUGAUUCCUUCACCCUGGUGGUGGAGAUUUUUUAUUAUCAACUUUGAAUAUUAGAGAUAAUGUUUUUCAAAUAUUUUUGCUUUGGAUAUUUAAAUUUUUUUGGGAAAAGUGCUGGGCCACACUUACAUUUUCUAAACUUUAAUAAUAUAACAAUGAAAUUGAAUGUAUGACUGUUGCUGAUAACUAUCUGGGUUGAUUGCCUAAGGGGAUAUUUGUUGUAGUUUUUCCUGUACUAUACAAAAUUACUGUGAUGAUCCUGGCAACACUGUUGCAUUGAACUAUAAUAUGAGAAAAACUAUUAUUACAUAAAUAUAAAAAAGAUGAUCAUCAUUUCUAGUCAGAACAUUUACUUUGUGAAAGUAUAUUUUUUGGUAUUGAUGUAAAAUGAUUUGCCCAUGAUUUUGAUGCAGGUAUUAACCUGUUUGGAUUGAUACCUCCAUCCAAUAGAAUAUACCACAGAAGUAAAAGCAAAAGAAAAGCAAGACACCUCAGAAGCUCAAUCUGAAAUAAAAACAGAAAGUG